CACGGACUUUAAAAACAACAGUGAAUAGUGUGUGAUAUUUUUUUUCGUAUUCAAAUUGGACGCAGUAAUGUCUUUGGUGCCCCCGGGGGGCGCGGACUCGCCCAGUCCCCGCCGGGCAGUCAGUCCAUUGCUGGAAAUGCGUAGACCCCAUUGCACAUUAGCCUGUGAUUACUGCGCAGCUAUACUUGAGGAUAAAUUUAAACGUAAUGCCGAGAUGCGUAAUCGGGGUACGUCACCACUGUCUGCGUCACCGAGACAGUCUCUGACUGGCGAGCCACCUUGGACAUUGCCUGAUGACGACCGACCAGAUUUUUCAGCUCUUAAAGAAAACAUACACAGAAUAAACAAAGACUGCGAGACAUCAACGCGGUUGGACAUGCUUCUAACUCAAGUGGAACAGUACGCCAAUAAUUUGGAAGCAUUAGUAGAAGAACGCACAUCCGAUUACUUGGAAGAAAAGAGAAAAUGCGAGGAGUUGCUUUAUCAACUUUUACCAAAGUCCGUAGCAUCACAGCUUAUCAUGGGUCAACCAGUGAUGGCGGAGACUUAUGAUCAGGUCACAAUCUACUUCAGUGACAUCAUCGGUUUUACCCAACUAUCUGCUGAGUCAACCCCACUGGAGGUUGUCGACCUCCUAAACGAUCUGUACACAAGUUUCGAUUCUAUUAUUGAGAACUUCGAUGUUUAUAAAGUGGAGACGAUAGGAGACGCCUACAUGGUGGUAUCUGGGUUACCAAUGAGAAACGGCAAUCGCCAUGCAGCUGAAAUAGCGAGGAUGUCGCUGGCUUUGCUAAGAGCUGUGCGGUUGAAGACUGUGCCCCAUCGGCCUGGGGAGCGAUUGCUGCUCAGGAUUGGGAUGCACACAGGUCCUUGUGUGGCGGGUGUAGUUGGUCUAAAAAUGCCUCGAUAUUGUCUCUUCGGUGAUACAGUGAAUACUGCUUCACGAAUGGAGUCCCAUGGGGAAGCUCUCAAAAUCCACGUCAGCCCAAAAACAAAAGAGAUUCUCGAUAUUUACGACUGUUUCGAAUUGGAAUGCAGAGGCGAGAUCACUAUGAAGGGUAAAGGUAAAAUGACAACAUACUGGCUAAUUAGAGAAAAAUCUAACAAUCAACAAUCUCAAUCAUAUGAGGAAUUGAAUCACAUUCAGACAGACAUCGUGAACAAUCCCAGUAUCACUUUUCAAGGACCCGACAGUCCGGCGUCCCACUCACUCACACAAAGUCAAAGCCCUGAACGAGGUACUGAUACUAAGGAUACAGGUAAUCAUAGACCACUUGAAAUAUUGAGUGAAAGAGAUCGCAUAAAACACGAGAUAGCAACAUUCGUUGCGAAAGAUCUUAUCAACAAUAUCGACAACGCCGUUAGAGAAUUCAGAAAAUCACAAAGCGCAAAUUUUGCAUCAAUCAUUCCCGCGAAACCAGUGUGUAAUGGUAGCAAUAAAAGUCAGAUCACUCCUACAUAUGAUAAAGAACUUGUCAUAAGCAAAGGAAAAGUACGAGACGUUGUAAACAGAUUCAACAGUUGUGUUAUCAAUGACAGUGGGAGCAUUGUGACGAAAUCAAAAACUAUGAAACCUGAAGACUGA